AUGGACGACGGCGAACGAGUCAGCUUCGAUUUGAACGAAUCGCUAAAAUACUAUAAUGACAACCCAAACAGUGUGCCAUGCACCGACGCCGACUCAGAACUGUUGGACGCGGAGUCUGAGCCGGAAGCGCUCUCCAAUGCCCAUAUAAAUCGAAUACUUGAGCCUAUAAUUGAUUCCAUUGCGAUUAAUCCGGAUGCCAUCGCUCGUCCGUCAAACUUUGAUUCCCUACAAUGUCUCCUGAAGUAUUUCCAUACAAUUCCUACACAAGCUAUCGGUAAGGUCCUCGACCUGAUCGCUUCUGGUCUCUCCGCAGAGGCAGACAUUGUGAACCAGGACAUCGAAGGCGAAGAGCAGGACACCCUUAAGGACCACAGAGAGCUCCUCGAGAUGUAUGGAUUCCUUCUCCGGUGGGCGGUUACUGCACUGGAAAGCCGUGCAGCGGACAAGGCUACCACUGCUGCCCCUGUUGGACGAAAGGGCAAGGGGAAAGGGAAAGCGGCGGCCGUUAGCGGCUCUUGGGAUUCUACAACACAUCUUAUCGUGGCUCUGGAGACGAUGUGCAAAGUUCUGAAACUGAAGCUGAUACGGGUGUUUGUUACCACAUCAGAGAGGGAUACGUUUGUUAGUUUAUUCACAAAGCCUGUUUACAUUGUUCUUGAGAGCGAGCAGCGGGUGAAAAUUACAAAUGUCAGAAUGCAUUUAUUCAAGGUUUUGUGUAUCGCUGUGAAGCACCAUGGGCACGCAUUUGGUGCACAAACCUCUAUUGUUCAAAAUCUCACCUACUUCGAGCACCUAUCGGAGCCCAUGGCGGAAUUCCUGCAAAUCCUUUCGGAGCAGUACGAUUAUCCACAGUUAGUGGAUGAGAUUUUAAGAGAGUUGAGCAAUAAGGAGUUUAAUAGCAACGACACAAAAGGCCCAAAGUCUGUAUCAGGAUUCAUUACAAAGCUGUCAGAGCUGGCUCCACGACUUGUCAUUAAGCAAAUGACUCUCCUUAUUAAACUACUUGACAGCGAGUCGUACAAUCUUCGCUGUGCUGUUAUAGAUGUUUGUGGAAACCUUAUCGUCGAUCUAGCCAAGGAGGAAGACGAGAGGGGUGACAGUAACAAAGCCCAAAUGGAGGCCUUCUUCGAUGUACUAGAAGAGCGAUUCUUGGAUGUUAACCCCUACUGCCGUUGUAAAGCCAUUCAGGUUUACACCAACAAAGUCCUCGAGCUCGAAAAGAAAUUCAACAAACGGCGACAAAAGGUAGCAAACCUAGCUGUAAGGAGCCUAGAAGAUAAGAGCAGCAACGUCCGAAGGAAUGCUAUCAAACUCUUGACCAAAUUGAUCACAGCCCAUCCCUACAGCCUCCAUCAUGGGGGUAUCCUUACACUCACACUCUGGAAGACCGGGCUGCAAGUUGCCACUGCGAAUCUUGAUGCAUUGAAACCUGCGAUUGAGAACCCUCCUGUAGACCAGGGAGCGGUAAACGAGAUAGCUGAGUCUAACUUAUACGAUGAAGAAACGAUGAUUGAGGGCGAGGAGGGAGCGGAGGGGGAGGAACCUAGGAAAUCUCCUCCACCACCACCUCCCCCGGAGGUCCCCGAGGUUGGCAAUUCGGAUGAGAUUAUACGACUCAAUCUUACAAGACGCUAUUACAUUGAAGCCGUUCGAUUCAUCGAAGUAAUACAUGAUGCAUCUGAGCAUGUUUGCCAGCUUCUGUCUUCCAAGAAUAAGAGUGAAGUUGUGGAGGCAAUGGACUUUUUCAAGGUUCUUCACACUUAUAAAGUGGAGAAAGCAAAUGAUGGGAUUCGCAGAAUGCUGCGACUAAUAUGGACUAAGGGAAACAGUGAUGAGGGGAAAGGCAUACAAUCUCACCUUAUUGAUAUCUACAAGGCACUCUUCUUUGAUGCUCCCCACGGGUUCAAUGCGAACGAGGCCGCUACAUAUAUCGCGCGGAAUAUGAUCUCUCUUACGCAGGGAGAUGUUACUCCCGCUGAACUGACAUCGCUUGAACAGUUGUUGAGUAGAAUGAUGAAGGAGGGGCAUGUUUCCGAUCUUGUGAUCCACAAGCUAUGGCAAAUCUAUGGGGUACAGAAUCGCAGCAUAUCCAAGAAGCAGCGCCGGGGGUCCAUUGCCGUAUUGGGCAUGCUUUCGCUUGCGGAUCCAGAUAUAGUUGUUAGGCAACUAGAGACUAUCUUGAGGACCGGGCUAGGGCCUCUAGGGAGAUCCGAUUUAGUAUUGGCUAGAUACAGCUGUGCUGCGCUUAGACAUAUUAGCCCAAGUGGACGAAAGACUAAAGGUAUGAACUCAGGGUCUAUGACAAAACUUACAAAUGAUCAUGCUAUCCUGGUUAGAUUGGCAGCCCUUGUAGAGCUUCAAACAGAGAGUCAGGAAUGGUUUGGAGUUGCGGAGCAGGCCAUCAGUGCUAUAUAUGCAUUAUCUAAACACCCUGAUCCAACAGGAAAAUUCUGGGCCCGAGCCAGAACCAGAACCAGAACCAGCUCCUGCGGACGAAGAUCUACUGUUUAUCGUCGGUCAUGUUGCUGUCAAACAGAUCGUAAAGAGGCGUCACCGCAGAAGAAAGGAGGAGAGGAGCCUGAUGACCUCGACCUCAUUGGGGGCACUACUGAGGACGAUUUCACUGAGGCCAUGGGCAUAAUCAGAGAGCGCGAACUUCUAUAUGGCGAAAAGUCAAUUUUGUCAAACUUUGGUCCUCUCUGCGCGGAAAUUUGUGCUAAUAACAUAUCCUAUAAGGAUCGGACUCUCCAAACGCAGAGCGCCCUUUGCAUGGCGAAGUUGAUGUGUGUGUCAUCUGAAUACUGCGAGUCCAACUUGCCGCUGUUGAUCACUGUCAUGGAGUACUCUGUAGACCCUAUCACUCGUAGUAACGCAGUGAUAGCACUCGGAGACAUGGCAGUUUGCUUCAACCAUCUGAUCGACGAAAACACGGAUUUCCUCUACCGCCGUUUGAGGGACCGUGAUGCCUCCGUCAAGAGGACGUGCCUAAUGACAUUAACCUUUUUAAUUCUAGCCGGCCAAGUCAAAGUCAAAGGCCAGCUUGGUGAAAUGGCCAAAUGCCUCGAGGACUCAGAUAAGCGCAUUGCAGACCUUUCUAAAAUGUUCUUUAGCGAAUUGGCGACGAAAGAUAACGCAGUCUACAAUCACUUUGUGGACAUGUUCUCAUUACUUUCGGCCGAAAAAGAUCUCAGCGAAGAGGCCUUCAAGAAGAUCAUCAAGUUCCUGGCGACUUUCAUUGAAAAGGACAAACACGCUAAGCAAUUGGCGGAUAAGCUUGCUGCUAGAUUGCCACGAUGUGAUACUGAGAGACAGUGGAACGACGUUGCCUACGCACUAUCACUCCUCCCGCAUAAGAACGAGGAAAUCGCAAAAACCCUCACUGCAGGGUUCAGAGUUGUCCAGGCCAGCGCUUAA